AUUGCACCUGAACAUGCAAUUUUUGCUUCAAACACUUCAGCAUUGUCUAUCCAAGAGAUUGCUUCUGUAACAAAAAGGAAAGACAGAUUUGGUGGUUUGCAUUUCUUCAAUCCUGUGCCUGUAAUGAAACUACUAGAGGUAAUCCGUACUCCAGAAACGUCUGAUGAAACAUAUGGGAAGAUGAUGGCUUGGGGUAACACUAUUGGGAAGACAACGAUAACAUGCAAGGACACCCCUGGCUUUGUGGUCAACAGGCUGUUAGGUCCAUACUUAAAUGAAGCCCUUAAAAUGUUGGAGAGGGGUGUUGCAACUGCGCAGGAUAUAGACACUGCUAUGAAACUUGGAGCUGGUUAUCCAAUGGGUCCAUUUGAGUUGAUGGAUUAUAUUGGUCUUGACACACACAAGAUUGUAGCAGAUGGUUGGCAUAGAAAGUUCCCAAAUAGCCACACUUUCAGACCAAGUGAAAUUUUGGAGACGAUGGUGGCAGAAGGAAAGCUGGGUGUAAAGUCUGGAGAAGGCUUUUACAAAUAUGACAAAUCUUCCAAACUGUAACAUGUGAAGGAUAAAAUCCAGCAAGUAAAUACUUUUUGAAACCUUCUAAAACCCCUUGAGGUUAUUAGAAGUCAAAGAAAAAAAACAGAAGUAUAAAUUAAAAGAUUAAUGAUUCUGGAGUCUUCUUAACCUCGAGUGAAAAGGAAUUUGGAGUUUCAAAGUAACUUUUAUCGCAAGUCUAGUAGUAAAUUCUGAGAAUUCAUGUAUUCAUGCCCUUCAUGAUGAUGUUCCUGCACGAACUUGGGUGACCUGACUGGGCAUACAACAUGUGCUCUUGCAUAGAGUUGCAACUCUCAUGGUCAACAAAAAUGUAUUCAACAAACGAUUUUGGUCAUUCAUCCACUCUAAAAUUAAACUCUGGCAUUGUAAUCAAGAAUUUACUGACUUUGUUCAUUAUCUAUGGGAUGUACGAGAUGGGGAUACCAUUAUAAAUUAGUGGUUCUUUUGACUGUCCAUCAUGGACAAUAUCUAGUUUUCGUCCAUCGCUUCAGUAAUAGAAACAAACAUAAAAUCUUAUGAAUGUCCAUAUGUUAUGCAUACCAUAAAGAAGAACAGAAUGAAGAUGGUACUUCACUAUGUCUAUUCUGAGAUGUGCCUAUAACAUCCAUUUUAUAACCUGGGAAAGAAACACAUCUAGAAAAAGUUAAGCCAUCUAAGAGAACUGAGUAAUAACAGAAGUGUGUCUAGGUUUAUGCUGGGAGGGAAGUGUGUAAUAACAGAAGUGUGUCUGGGUUUAUGCUGGGAGGGAAGUGUGCGAUAACAGAAGUGUGUCUGGGUUUAUGCUGGAGGGAAGUGUGUAAUAACAGAAGUGUGUCUAGGUUUAUGCUGAGAGGGAAGAAGAAAAAUGAGUAUUCUUCCAGAGCAGUAUAAAUGACCCUGUGUGAAAGAGUGACAUAUCAUCUGUAGUGACAUCAACUGAUCAGUAAAUUGCAAAACAAUAUCAA